AUCAAAAUAUAGGCCCAACGACGAUUCAUUAUUUCAAAAUCUCUUAUAUUGGGGAUACAGACAAAACGCAAAAUGGUCAUAACUUUACCGACAGUGCCUUGGCUUGUAUUCCUAUCCAUUGCGCAUGUCCAAGGUAAACAAUGAAAAUGGCUGCCAUGGGUUUCAUAACUGGUGACAGCGAGAGAAAACAACUGGGAGAAGAAGCAGAGAGCUCAGAGAGGAGUGGCAAUGAAGAGGAAAACGAGGACCUGUCAGGUGAAGAGGAGGAAGAAGGAAGUGCCGGGAAGGUCGAAGCCGGUUCCUUGAAGCUCAGCGUCGCCGUGAGCUCGGCCAAGGCCAAGAAGAAGAAACACAAGCACCGCAGCAAAUACAAGCGACACAAGCACUCCUCCCCCGAGGACAAGGAGCGGCGCCACAAGCACCGGCACAAGCACCGGCACAAGCGUAAAGACAACCCUUCGACCGAUGUCUUCCCAAACUGUGGCGAUGACAACACUUCCCUGUACUCCUCCUCCUCUGCCAAGCAGCCAAGACUGGAAGAUGACGAGAUGGCGUUUCUGGAGAAACAGAGGGCCCUGAUCCAAGCUGAGCUAGACGGUGAACUGACUGAGGGGGGCAGGGGGGUACAGUCGGGCAUGGGGCUCAUACUCCAGCGCUACCACUCUGGGGAGGAGGAGGAUGGGGAGAUUCAGGUGGAGAGGGAGUGCAACGGGCUGCACUGGCAUAUAGGGGCAACAGGUCCUGGGGCCGGCUCAGGCUCACAGACCGCUAAGGACACCGGUAGAGUACGGCGAGAGUCGACAGACGCCGGAAAAGCUAAGCAGAGCAAUCCCAAUAAAAAUGCCAGGAAGAGCAGGAAAGACGGGAAGACCAAGGAUCGGAUGAGAGGACGGAGCACGUCCAGGGAUAGAGACAGCAGAAGACAUUCCAGGAGUGCAGAGUGCUUCAGGUCUGCUCCUGGCACUAGCAAGCAGCCUUCCCCACCGGCUCAGAGCAGAGGAGCCCAAAACCAGGAGGCCAGCGGCAGCACCCGCAAGUCACCCGAGCACUCCCAGGACUACAAGGCCAGGUGGCCAGAUACGGAAGGGGACAAGGACAAGAAGGUGACCAAGUCCCCCGCCAAGGAUGCUUCCUCUGGGAAGGAGAACCACUCUCCUGGCCUGCGAGGGAGGCCGUCAGGCCCCGCCCUCCAGCUGCAGCGCAGCACGUCCCCAUCACAGCGUCAGGACUCCCUGGGCUCAUCCUCAGGCCCCCAAGCAGCCGAGCGAAGGGCCAGGUCACCGCCACCACCCAGAGGGGGCCACCCACGCUCCCCGGAGAGUCGAAGGAGAGCGAUGGACCGACUGAGACUCUCACCUGGCAGGGUGUGGAGCCAGGAUGAGGCAAGGGUCCGCAGGGACGCCAGCCCGGCCCUAGGCGCCCGGCGACGGUUCAGCCGCUCACCUUUCAGGCGGAGAUCUCGCUCUCCCAGGAGACGCAGCAGGUCCCCAUUCAGGAGGAGGUCGUUGGAUCGGGACAGGAUGGGACGGAGGCCGCGGUGGCGUUACAGAUCCCAGGAGAGGAGAUGGAGCCGGGACAGAGAGGACAAGUUCAAGGGCAGCCUCUCGGAGGGAAUGAGGGCCGACAAGGAGGACUCUGAAGAUGAAGUGGUGGAAGAUUACGAUGUGGAUGAGGAGGACGAGGAGGCUCUCAUUGAACAGAGGAGGCUACAGCGCCUGGCCAUCGUCCAGAAGUACAAGGGAGGGAGGGUGGAUAGUAACAUGUCGGAGCCCGGCAGCCCCCAGAGCAGCCCGCGCAGCCGCUCGCCCUCGCCAGACGACAUCUUGGAGCGUGUGGCGGCCGACGUCAAAGAGUACCAGCGGGAAAACGUGGACACCUUUGAAGAAAACAUCAAGGCCAAGCACAACCUCAUAGAACAGGAGAAAGACGAAGGAACCAACCCCCAAAAAACAUCCGCCCCUGAUAUGUUCACCGAAUCGGAUGACAUGUUCGCCGCCUACGAUAGUGCAAGGCUUCGAGCAGCAGGCAUCGGGAAGGACUUUAAGGAGAACCCCAACCUCCGAGACAACUGGACAGACGCAGAGGGAUACUACCGACUCAAUAUCGGGGAGAUACUGGACAAGCGGUACAGCGUGUAUGGCUACACGGGCCAGGGGGUGUUCAGCAACGUCAUCCGCGCCCGAGACGUGGCCCGUGCCAGCCAAGAGGUGGCCAUCAAGAUCAUUCGGAACAACGAGCUCAUGCAGAAGACUGGGCUGAAGGAGCUGGAGUUCCUUAAAAAGCUCAACAAUGCUGACCCAGACGACAAGUUCCACUGUCUGCGCCUCUUCCGACACUUCUACCACAAGCAGCACCUCUGCCUGGUCUUCGAGCCUCUCAGUAUGAACCUGCGCGAGGUACUGAAGAAGUAUGGCAAAGACGUGGGCCUCCACAUCAAGGCGGUGCGCUCCUACAGCCAGCAGCUCUUCCUGGCCCUGAAGCUGCUGAAACGCUGCAACAUCCUGCAUGCCGAUAUCAAGCCUGACAACAUCUUGGUCAACGAGUCGAAAACCAUCCUCAAGCUCUGUGACUUUGGUUCAGCGUCACACGUGGCGGAGAAUGGCAUCACGCCCUACUUGGUCAGCCGGUUCUACAGGGCGCCAGAGAUUAUCAUCGGGAAGCCUUACGACUACGGGAUCGACAUGUGGUCCGUUGGCUGCACUCUGUAUGAGCUGUACACGGGCAAGAUACUUUUCCCAGGGAAAACCAACAACCACAUGAUUAAGCUGGCCAUGGACAUCAAGGGCAAGAUGCCCAACAAGAUGAUCAGGAAAGGCGUGUUCAAGGACCAGCACUUUGACCAGAACCUCAACUUCCUGUACACAGAAGUAGACAAAGUUACCGAAAGGGAGAAGGUGACAGUGAUGAGCACCAUCAACCCCACCAAGGAGCUGCUGGCUGACAUGGUGGGCUGCCAGCGUCUCCCUGAGGACCAGCGCAAGAAGGUUGCCCAGCUCAAGGACCUGCUAGACCUGACCCUUAUGCUGGACCCGGCCAAGAGGAUCAGCAUCAACCAGGCCCUGCAGCACCCCUACAUCCAGGAGAAGAUCUUCUGACCAUCUCUUACUGUACCACUCACAGUCAUGCAUUGAUUGAUUGACACAUGCAGAAGAUAGUUUGACUAUGGUUGGACCCCACCCCAGCCCAAGAAAUGUAUUUAUUUGAGCUGGCAGACUGCUGAAUGAGAGGAAGUAGUAUUUUCUUUCUUCCCCUGUUUGAACAACACACACACAUGCUCUGACGUUUUACAUUGAUCUAAAGUCUUGUAUUAUUUAACCAUAGUAGGGGUGUGAACGUUUAAAUGUUUAAACAAAAUUGAAUCCUUAACGUAAGAAAAAGAAACUAACCGGUUUUUUUCUCUCCACAAAAUUGAAAUCACGGUGCAGUUAUCACAAAACUACCACUAACAGGUCCCGAUCAUCAUAAAGAGAUUUUCUCUUUUACAAAUAGGCCUAUGUAAUGCAACAAUGCUGUAACGUUAGUAAGAGGGGAUAUGCAUCCGCACGUCAUCGUCGUUAACAGUUUGAAAAAAAGCGCUGUUACAGAAAUGAUUGCAGUUGAUACGCAACCGUUUUCAAUGGCCUACUUGAGUUGCGAGGUAAUUUGAUAAAUGAAGAACUGCAAACGCCAUUUGAGCCUCAACUCACGCUACUGAAAUAGGUGCGUCUUUCUCAUAAAUAUCACUGUUCACCGUUUACUCCCAUUUCAACAGGGUGUUAUUCCCUUUAUAAUGGGAGUUGAGACAUACAGUUAACAGCAUUAGAAAGCAAAAAAACGUCCCUUUUUAACCAGUAGACACCCGUAUUUAGCGGGUGUUUUCUUUUGCCCUGUGUUUGAUUUGUGAGCUUAAACUUAGUGGGCAGGCUUUUGUUAAUCAUGAAACAAAGCCCCUAGACUAAUGAGUACACAAUUUGCCUUCAUCAAAACAAUGUUUUUGUUUCAUAUUUCAUUCUGGAACCUGCCUAGAUUUAGGGGGGGGGGGGGGUUGUAACCUAUUCUAAAUGGCACACUAUAGCAGUUCACAAAAAAGCCUCAAAUAGACAAGACUCGUUUAUUAUUCCAAAACUGCAGCGCGUGGUUGGAACACAUUUCCCUACGCUAAUCAACCAGUCCAUUUUGAAUUUGUGAUAAAGCUGUCAUGAUUUGGCAAGGAAUGUAGCUUGUCUACAGUUUUGUUUGUGUAUCCCAUCAGUUUGAUAUGUUUUUAUAGGCAUUAAGGCCCAGUGCAGUCAAAAACGGGAUUUUCAUGUGCUUUAUAUACAUUUCCACACUAUGAGGUUGGAGUAAUA